AUGCCAGUGAGCAAAUGCGAGAUUUAUGGUUUACUGAAUUUAAGAAAAAUUGUAUGUGGGAACCUCAACACAAUGCAAGAAUUCGUCAAAUUUUUUGAGAUUAAAGGGAGUGAUCGAUUAAGAUCGUUGAUGAAUCAGGAGAGACGCAAUUAUUCAAAAGACCCUAACCAUGUACCAAAAUAUAUUCCUGAACCCGUUUGGUGUCAACUAUUACAUUAUUUUGCUACAGAUUCAAAAUUUAAGAACUGGUCAACAGCAAAUACUGUGAAUCGAGCAUCAAAUGCUGGAAGUUCCAUGCAUACUGGUGGUUCCAUAUCUAUGGGUGAACAUGCACGCAGAAUGGAAAAAGCUACGGGAGUAAAACCUUCUCUAAAGGAGGUUUAUACUAAAUGCCACACCAAAAAAGACAAAAGUUGGAUUGAUGAAAGAUCUGAGAAAGUCAUUGGUGAAUUCAAAAAGCGAAAGACAGAACUUUCUCAAGUAGCUUUAUCCUUGGAUAAUGAGGGAGAUAUUGAGGCAACUAAGGAAGGCCUAGAUAUACCAGAUGAUUAUACUGUUUGGAACGAAGUUGUGACAAAGGGAAAAAAGAAAGCUGCCUUUGGUUUAGGUACUUUUAGUUUAGAUCUCUCUUCAAAGUUGGAUUCCAGAAAUUGUUCAGAGACAUCCAAAGACAAUCUAAAUAUUGAGCAAGAACUUCACAUGUGGAAAGAAAAGGCAAAGGAGCAGGAAAUGAUCAAUGAAGAGCAAAAGGUUAAGUUGAAAGAUGCUGAGCACAAGUUAAAAGAUCAAGGACGUCAACUAAAAGUUCAACAGAAAAGAAUUGGUUCUACUGAAAAGACAAUUCAUGCUUUAUAUAAAAAGUUGAAUCUGCCACUUCCUUCAACCUUGUCUGAUCCUACGGAAGAUGAGCUUGGGACAGGCUCUAGUGAUGAUAACAUGAGUGAUUGAUAUUUGGAGUAUAUAUUUUUUCUGAUUUAGAUU